AUGCCGAACCACGAUAGUUUUGGAAAAUCGUCCGAAGUGGAAAUCAGCGCCGAAUCGACCGGAAACGCUUUCAGUUCUGAGUUAUGCGAUGAAUUCGUCGGCCAGGAGUCAACACAGCAAGGUUUUACGGAUGUACAGGGGACGAUUUCGUUAGUGGAAACCACGGAUUUCGGACGGGGAUUACAGUCUGCGGGCGAUGCAGCGGAUUUCGGACGGGUUUUGCAGUCUGAAUUUGAGACGCAGGAGCCGGCGACGAUCGCUGACUCACCGCAGCGGCCUGCCGACUCGGGACAACAGAGUGCUGCGAUCGUCUCGGAAAACUGCGUGGGUUCAAAGUUCAGGAUGUACAUUUCGAUCCUGAACCGGGCAAUAACGACGCCGCUUGACGCCCGCCAAGUCACGACGGAUACGCCGUCAGCUGCAUCACCUCAGUGGCCCAUGUCCCCACUGCCAUUAGUCCGUGGGUUGGAGGAUCAAUUUUUGUCGACACGGCGUCCGUGUUCAUUUCGGUUCUCCACCACGGUAUCCUUAGACGUGGCAAAUGCCUUGAAUACGGCUUUAUGGGCAAGGAUAGAGGAAGCCUUGGUGUCGAAAAGAUUACCCUUGUGUAUUUUGGUUUGUGCUCUGAGAAGCUACUUCGACGGGUCACUUCCGAACAGCGAACCUGACGGACGUACAGUCACCAGUGGCCCAGUCCUCGGACCAACCCUCCGGGAAGUCGUGUACGAUGACCUCCUGCAAACGGGGAUACCGCUUAUCGUACGAGAAAUAUCCAGCACGAUUUCAAUUGAUUUUGCCGAUUAG